AAUUGGUUAGUCGUGAAACUUAACUGUGAUCACGCUGUUGUGGGACCUUGCUGUUGCUGCCUCAUACCCUUCUGUGUGGACUCCUGCCAGGAUGUACGCCACAAAUGUCCCAACUGCCGUCGCACUUUGGGACGUUUCAAUCGUAUUUGAGCCAGUUGAAGCUAUUCACCCUCGACAGACGCGCCUCUUUUUUUCUUUCCCGAUUUUGGACGCUUGUGAAAUUCAUCACGUUAAUGUCGUAUUUGGAUUUAUUUGCUGUUAA